UAGAUCUAUAAUAGCUAUAUCUAUACUUUUUCGCAUUCUCGCGGGCUAAGUUAGAUUAUGAUUAAGUGUUAUAAUUGAAUCUUUUAUAGUCAUACUAGACUCCUAAUCUAGAUAUUAAUCUACACCAUUAAAUUACUAGAUUAUUAGUAUUUAUUACUGGAGUAUUGCUGCUUGCUGUCCUGCAGAUUAGGACUAAAUUUAGUCAAUUUAGACAAUUGUUAAAAUAACAUUUGUUUAAAAACUUAACAUGCCGCCAGGGCGGCCACGACGUGCUGUUAAGCAACAACCUCCACCAGAAUUAGAUGAAUCUGAGCAAGCAUCAGAAAUAUCUUUAAGUGUGGGCAAUGAUUCUGAUAGUGACUUUGAAGAACCUAAGGCUAAAGGAAAAAGAAAGAAAAAGGAUGAUUCUGCACCCGCUGCCAAACGCAAGAAAGCAGAUACAGGAGCAAAAGCAAAGAAAACACAUCUCAUGGCAUUAGAAAAUGGUGAUGGGAGUCUUUUUGAAACUGUUAAGGCUGGCAAAGCUUCUUUGCAGGCAGUGGUUGAUGACUGGAUUGAAGGAUACAAGCUAGAUAGGAAUGCUGCACUGUUGGAACUAAUUCAGUUCUUCAUUCAGUGUUCAGGGUGCAAGGGUAAAAUCACUCCCUACAUGUAUGCCAGUAUGGAGCAUGCAGAGAUUAUACGUAAAAUGACUGAAGAGUUUGAUGAGGAAAGUGGAGAUUACCCUUUGAUAAUGACUGGGCCACAGUGGAAAAAGUUUAAAUCCUCUUACUGUGAAUUCGUCCAAGUUCUCGUGCGUCAGUGUCAGUACAGUAUCAUCUAUGACCAAUACAUGAUGGAUAAUGUUAUCUCUCUCCUGACUGGGUUGACAGAUUCCCAGGUCAGGGCUUUUAGGCAUACCAGCACACUUGCAGCCAUGAAGCUUAUGACAGCUUUGGUGGAUGUAGCACUCAACCUGAGUAUAAACUUAGACAACACACAGAGGCAGUAUGAGGCUGAGAGAGCCAAGCAACAGAACAAGAGAGCAGGGGACAGACUCGACUUGCUGAUGCAGAAAAGACAAGAGCUGGAAGAGAACCAAGCAGAAAUUCGUAACAUGCUGACAUACAUAUUCAAGGGUGUCUUUGUCCAUAGAUACAGGGACACCCAGCCAGAGAUCCGCUCUAUUUGUAUGGCAGAAAUUGGUGUUUGGAUGAAGAAGUAUCCAAACAUGUUCUUGGAUGACAGCUAUCUUAAAUAUGUUGGGUGGACUCUAUAUGACAAGGUUGGUGAUGUUCGUCUCUGUUGUCUGAAGACAUUAGCACCCUUGCAUGAAACACCUGAUCUGUCUGGCAAGUUGGAAUUGUUUACAAACAGAUUCAAGGACAGAAUAGUUGAAAUGACAUUAGACAAAGAAUAUGAUGUAGCAGUGCAAGCCAUUCGACUAGUUAUCUGUGUCCUUAGAUACAGCGAAAAUGUUUUAUCAGACAAAGACUGUGAGAAUGUGUACGAAUUGGUCUACUCAUCUCACAGAGCUGUAGCACAGGCCGCAGGAGAUUUUCUCAACCACAAGUUGUUCAAACGAGAUGACAAUGCCCCAGCUGUGAAGGCAGCUAGUGGCAAGAAAAGGAGCCCCAAUACUCCACUUUUGAGAGAUCUGGUUCAGUUCUUUAUUGAGAGUGAGCUUCAUGAGCAUGCUGCCUAUCUAGUGGACAGCUUGUGGGAAAUCAAUGAAAUGAUGAAGGACUGGGAAUGUAUGACUGACCUCUUACUGGAGGAGCCUGGCAAAGGAGAAGAAGCUCUUGAUGACAGACAAGAAACUAGUCUGAUUGAAAUUAUGGUUUGUUGUGUUAAGCAGGCUGCAACUGGGGAAUCUCCUGUGGGUAGAGGACCUAACAGAAAAAUGUCAGCUAGAGAAGUGAAACAAGUAUCAGAAGAUAAACAGAAACUUACUGAACAUUUUAUUGUUGCUUUACCUCAGCUGUUGUUAAAGUAUUUGAUGGAUCCUGAGAAAGUGGCUAACCUCUUACAGAUUCCAUUGUACUUUGAUCUUGACAUCUACACAUCUGGCAGACAAGAAAAGAAUCUAGAGUUGCUGCUGCGAUAUAUUAAUGAUAUUGUAGAGAAACACACUGGAAGUGAGGUUCUUGAAGCCUGUUCAAAGUGUAUGGAAUGUCUGUGCAAUGAGGAGUUUGCAAUAGCUGGCAAGAGUGAAGUCAGCAAGAAGACGUUGAUAGACUCACUUGUCAUCAAGUUGAAACAGGCUGUGCAAGAUUAUUUCACUGAGGGCGAUGUACCAGAUGAAGAUGAGGUGUAUGCAUUACUUGCUGCUUUGAAAAGAAUUGCUGCUUUUUAUGCCUGUCACGAUUUGACCAGCUGGGAGAUUUGGGAUGACAUCUUCAUUGUUGUCAAGUCUGCUAGAGAUAAAGCACCUGUACCGGAAGAUAUCAUUGUGAAGGCCAUUCAAGCUUGUUCUUUGGCUGUGAUGUUUUACUUGAAGAGACUGGAUGAAACAAAGCCACGCCCUGAUGAAAUGAAACGGCUAAGAAAGAAGACCGCGGUUCUGAUUCAGUGUUUCCAUGAACUUAUGUUCCAUGAGAGUGAGAAAGUCAAGGAGGAUGCUUUUCUGAGUAUCUGUGACUUGGCUAUAAUCUUUAGUCCCCACCUGGGAGAAAGCAACCCACUGUUGAAACCUAUAGUGUAUACAAUGGAACCUAAGCUGACCAAUCACCUCAGUGAAUUCCUUCUAAUGAAGGUUUUUGUAGAGGAUGAUGAAGAAGAUAUGGAUGAAAAUGUCAAAAUUGAAGAGCUGCACAAAAGGAGAAAUUUUCUGGCAAGUUUCUGUAAACUUGUUGUGUAUAACAUCAUCCCUAUCAAAGCUGCCGCCACUGUGUUCAAGCACUAUAUGAAGUUCUAUAAUGACUAUGGUGACAUCAUCAAGUUUACUUUGGGUAAAGCCAGGGAGAUCAACAAGGUGGCCACUUCUAAAACAUUGGCUGCCAGCCUUCAACAGCUGUUUAAAGAAAUACAAGCAGACCAAAGUGAUGUGGAUCGUUCUUCUGAUGCAUUCCAAGCUAUUAAGGAACUGUGUCGAAGAUUUGCCUUGUCUUUUGGACUUGAUCAGAUUAAGAACAGGGAGGCUGUGGCCACAAUGCACACUGAAGGCAUACAGUUUAGCUUGACACCAUUUGAAAACAUGGACAAAGGCCCUAAUGCUGCGCCACCAAACAUUGCUUUUCUAGAGGUACUGUGUGAGUUUGCCAAUAAAUUAAUGAAACAGGAUAAGAAGACAGUUGUCAACUAUCUAGACAAACAAGUAGAGGGUAAAAUGCCUCAUACUCGCCAAGAGGACUGGCAGCCUUUCUUCAUUUACAGAAACAGCUUGAUUCAGGGGGAGACUGACUGGAAUCCUAUCACAUUGAAACAGGCUGCUCAGAAGAGAUAUGGCAAGAGGAACAGACAAGACACUUCCUCAGAUACAAGCUAUGAGCCUCAGACCCCUGGCCCCAUGAGCACCCAGCCAAUGACUUCCACUGCCAACAAGAGGGGACACCACCACCAUGAUCAGGAUGAAGACUCCAACUUGGGUUCCAACAUAGGCUCAGAGCAGGACUUUGAUGAUUCAGUCUUGAUUUCUAGGUAUUAUUAUUAAGUGUUAAAUGUGUUUUUUUUCUCUUGUUUUUUUUUUUUUUUUUUAAAUAAAUACAGGGUUCACUUAACUGCCUCUAUUGAUGUACUAUGUUAAUCACAUAGACUAUACAUUGUUGAAAAAUAAUCCUUUAUUCUUAUCAAUCACAACAUGAAGUUAAACUGAGCCCUGUACUAGUUAAAUGUUUGGGUUUUUUUUUGUGUGUGUUUUAUUUUACAGUUAUUAUUUUUGGUAGUGUUACACAUUUGUUAUUUAUUUGUAUUUAAAUACAGGCAGUUGUUGAUUCAUGAAUGCAUUCUUAGACCUCAUUAAUAAGUUGAUUUGUGUGUACGAUGGCAGCUUUGUGAGCAAUCAUUUGUACACUACUCAAAUACUGUUUCACUAAACAUUGGUAUUUGCUUCUACUGUGGCCUUAUGCACAAAGCUUGUUGAGUGCAUUUAAUCCACAGAGUAAGCUUUAUCCAAUGAUUAGUUAUUUAAAAUCUCAUGUAAUGACAAAGAUUAUUUUCUACAUCGAAAUACUUUUUCUUGAGUAUCAAUUAAAUACUAAGUAAUUCUUAUUGGGAAAUUUCUUUAUUCUAAAUAUAAAACUGCUGACUCAGUAACUGCCUAUAAUACAAUAAAAAAUAUAUCUGUAUAUAUUUAUAUAUGAACUCGUAAAAAUAUAGUUGUAUAAAGAAUUUUUUUUUUUUUUUUUUUGUUUGUUUAGCUUGGCUACUAUAGAAAAUAUUUUCUUUUGUAAAUGUCCUACGUUAAGUACAAAACCAAAAGUUAUGAAAUAAAAGUAUAAUAAAUCUAAAAAUACUUAUCAUUAAGAUAAUGGCUUGUUUAUAAACUCCUGAGUUAUUUUCUGUUGUCAAGUUACUUCAAUGUAUUUUUGCUUUUGUUGUGUUUGUUGGCCACUUCCAAUAUUCAUGUCACACACAGUUUUUUUUUUUUUUUUAAAAAUCUUUUUGUUUUUAUAAAAAAUAUACAUAAAUAAAUAAAUUACAUAUAUGUAAUCCAUAUAUACAUAUAUAUCCACCCACACAAAAGCUUUAAAUCAAAACAGAGCUGUAGUGUGAGCUUACUUAUGUUAACCUCUCAAACAGUGUUGAACUACUUGGAUCUUAAAACACAGAUUUUCUUUAUCAUAUGUAUAUAGAAAAAUUCAGAUGGGUGCUUUAUUUCCUUUAGUCAUUCAUCUGUAACUUUGUGUUGUUUCCACAUGUUAAAUGAAUAUAAUUCAGAUGGGUGCUUUAUUUCCUUUAGUCAUUCAUCUGUAACUUUGUGUUGCUUCCACAUGUUAAAUGAAUAGUCUCUGAAAGAGUAGAAUAGCCAGGUUUGGAAAUAUGGAGGGGUGCUUUUUUUUUCAUUGUAAAUAUGAUAAUUGAGGUUGCCUCUGUUCAAUUUGUCUAUUCCCCUGUGCAAUUGGUUGUUUGUUGCAACCCAGUCUAGUGAACUGGUAAAAAGGGCUGAGCUCUUAUAGAUGUAAGCAAGUGUGGAAUGUUAUUGCAUGGGUCUGCAUACAAGGGGAGAAAAUCUAUUCAUGGAUUGUUGUGUAAUUGUUUGAAAACAGUGAGUAGUGUGUGAAACCUAAUGAAACAGGCUAUUCAAAAAAAUAGAACAAGCAUUAGUGCCCUUUGUAUUUUUUCCAUUUGUGUAUAUCACUACUUGUGUAGUUGCAUGUUUCCACCCUUUCAUUUUGUGUAUAUAUUUUCUGAUAAAAAAGUGUUUACAGGUAAUACAAAUGCGAAAAAAAUCAAUGUUACAAUUUUAAUGUCUUCAUAUUUUUUUUUAAAGGGCAGCUUAAAUUUGUUGGUUGCUUACCCAAAUAUUCUUUAGCAUUUUGUUUUUACAUAAUUUACAUGUACAAUAAUGUGUUUUUUUUUUGUUGAGGGGAGGGAAUGUUACAUAUUUCAUAUAUGUAUUGCUUGUAAAUAUUGUGUGUUAGGAAAUUAAAUGAGCAGAUAAAAAGACAAAUCAAGAAAACAAAAAUAAAACUAAGUUUUUAUUUUUUAAGGGGCAGUUGUUUCAUCAUUAUGAAAAUAAUAUUUUCCUUUCAAACUUCUCAUCCAGUGGUUUAAUCUUAGUCUACAAUUAUGUUAUUACGACAUUUUCAAUAAAUUUUGUUUUAAAUUA